GGCGUAACAUGGCGCCGCAGAUGGAGCCAGCGGUCCCGGUGACGCUGGACAGCGUCGGCCCGUCUCACGUCUCGCGCAAGCUCCGCGUCGCCGGCCUGAAAGUAGCGUACGACACGGCAACGGACGUGAUGCUUUUAGUUGACCGCGUCGCGCGCGCGGCGCUGCUCGUUGACUGUGCGUUGUGCGUGGGUGCAGAGGACGCAGGCGGGAGGUCUACUGCGAGGGCGUGGAUGAAGGAGGAGAAGGCGAUGGUCAAGGUGAUUGGAUACUUGGAGGAGCCAGCUAUCCCCGUGCGCGUACCGACGGUCGGACGAGUCGUACGCGCGCUCGUUGCAGCGGAUCCAGAUCCGCGGCUUGUGUUGAAGGCGCUGCUCGUCGUGGACGCGCCGGAGCUUGACCUCGCGCAGUGGAAUGUCGCGAUCCGGGAGCGUGAGGAGAUUGGAUUUGGCGGCGUCGAGUCGUGAUGGAUGCGCUCGAGCUGCGGCUUAC